AUAAUCAUGUAAAAAAAUACUGUUUGUCCCCUUUAAUACCGAGUAUUUCCACCUCUGGCUCAAAUCACGUUCGUUAAAAACUUUUGCAUUCCUUGGAAAAGAUUUCUGGCAAAAUUCUGAUGAAUCCUUUCCCAUUCAUCAAGAAAAUCCAACUCUUCUAAGAUGUUAUGAUCUGGGUUUCACCGUUGUACUCGUCUCUUAAGUUGGUGAUGUGUUCAAUUGGGUUCAAAUCUGGACUCUGAACUGGCCACACCAAGCAUUCAAUUCUGACCUCAUUCACAAUACCUGCUCUAUAGGGCAGGACGUUAUCCUACAUUAGCAAGAAUCUCUCAUCGAUGUGGGGGGCAAAUGGUACAUCUGUGAAGAGAUCUUCCUCGCACAACAACCAAUUCAAUGUGGGUGUCCAAGGAAAUGCCACCCUAGAACAUCAGUGAACCACAAUGGAAUGCCACCUGACGAACCGUACAGAAUGGGGUGUACCUUUCUCCUGAGCGUCUCCAUAUGAAAUUAAGACCAUCUGAAGAUUUGAGGCAAACUCACCUCAUCUGUAAAAAGAACUCAUCCCCAAUCUUCCAAUUCACACGUUCCUAUGCAAAUUGAUGCGUGGUCAUUUUCUGAGCUGUGGUAAGGAGAGGUCCACAAAGCCAGAUGCCAGGCCCUGAGGUUAUUUUUUUCAACCUUCUUCUUACAUUCUUGGAGGAAAUGGAAACAUUUCUUAUCUCAUUUCCCAUAAUGUUGCACUUUCAUAGAGCCUGAUGAAUUUAUCAUCACAUGUGUAGACCUACGUUGACCCUACCCUGGCCUUCUAGUGGGAAACCCUUCAUAGAGAGAUUUACACUCAAUCUCCUGACAACUUCGCACUGGCUGUAUCCUUCCGCCAAUAAUGUUACAACUCUGACACUGUCAUACUCGCUCAAAGGCCUGACUGGAGCCAUUGAAAAAGGUGCAGCUGAAUCGAAGGGCAGAGACUACUUUUUUGUUACGGAGGAAGAUGACCAAAGUCCUUGGUGUUCACUUCCUGACAUCAUUAUGGAACAAGUGUUCUCAUAUCUGAACGUAAGGGAGAGAUAUUAUUCUUCGAUGGUAUGCAGGAGAUGGCGCGAUGCAUUUUAUUUACCGUAUGUCUGGUCGAUAUUUACGUUUGAAGAAUCGACGCUCACAAGGAGGCGGUUCAAUUAUUACUCUGGCUGGCAAUUCACUUUGGAUCACCUGAGGGCACAACUGUGUCUGGGUACGGUGGGCCGGCACUUCCGAGUGUUGAUUUUCAGUCCGAUGACAAACUUCUACAACAUGUACGAGUUUAUGAACAUGGUCUCUUAUUAUACCGAGCAACAGGGGGCGGACAAAUUCACUGUAAAAGGGGUUGGAAAGAAUAUCCAUACCCUGAGAUACACAUUCCCCUGCAGGCUGCUAUCUGGUGAUGAUGAAAACCAGCAACUGCAUGUUUAUGGGACUGGAGGUAAGCUGUUGGCUGCUGUCAAAAGGCUAAUGGGUAACCUGAAGAAGCUGCGCCGUUUGGAACUGAUAGAUCUAAUGCUCGACAGUGCCGAGGCGCAGACACUGUUAGACGACGUCUGCUCAGAUUGCUGUACAACAUUGAAGUUUCUUUCAAUUAUCAAUUUCACCAAGGGCCAAUGUCAAUUAAUUCAUGUGGGAGUAUUUUUAAAUUUGCGAGUUUUAGUUCUAAGUCCACAGAAUAUUGGUGAGGACGCUUUAGAAUUGCUCAGCUACACUAAACUUCGACACUUGCAUCUGGCACAAACCAGGCUCACGCCGUCAUCCGCAGUGCCUUUGAGCCCUAAAGCAUGGAAGCUGGCAGCAAAAAGGAAUACAGACAUGAGAAUCCAUCUGACUCUGAGUUCAAAAAUACAAACGGACAUAAUUUGGCAAGAGGAAGCACCUGUUUCCACAGUCUUAUUUGACUCACCCCACUGUAAGUUGGAACCUGAAAUCUUAACAAGGGUAACACUUUGGUACAAAAAAAGCUUAACUGUGUUUGGCUAUUUAGGCCUGCCAAAGUAUUCACAACCUAAGUCGUUUAAGGAAAGAAUCGAUCCACUUUUACUUAUGCUAAUAAAGGACUGCACACAAUUAGAGACUUUGAUAGUUCGUGAAAGGAUUUCAACAGCAACAAUUUUAUUGAUUGUGGACAAUGGGCCGUCACUGAAGAAUUUUUUUGUACGAAGAAAUGCUGUUAUACUGAGGUGCGAUUGGCCUAGAAACCCAAGUUGGGAUUCGAGUUACUAUUCGUGGUUGAGAAACGGGGCAUCUAGUUAUGAUCAAACUGAAAAAGAAGUAUCAAAAUGUUUUGGAUACAAAUGGCAAAUGUUGUCCGACAAAGAAUUCAAAAAACUGGACAUAAGACUAUACUGAAAUAUUUUGUGGCACUAUCUAAGAUGAGUGAUAUUGGAUUCAAUAUUCAAUAAGAUAUUGAAAAGAAUUGUUAAUGAUGAGGGAUAAAAUGUUCAUAAAUUUGUAACGUACUGAAAAUUAAAUUCUUAAAUAAUGACA